GGGGUUGGUUGACGAUGGCUCUUCUCGUGUAAAAGACCCUACCCUCCGCGGUGUUGGCUAUCAUGCAGUUCCUCUCUAUGUCCAUGAGGUGGCACUGCUAAGUACUGCACUUUCCCCCACAAGGCCAUGGAUGACUUCACCACACGCACAUAUGGCACCAGCGGCCUGGACAACAGGCCUCUGUUUGGUGAAACGUCAGCCCGGGAUCGAAUCAUCAACCUAGUGGUGGGAGUGCUGACGUCACUGGUCGUUUUAGUGACGGUGAUCAGUUCGUUUAUGUUCCCCUCGCUGCCGCCACGGGGCCUCAACGUUUUCUUCGCCAUGUGUAUCCUGCUGGCCUGCGGCUCCGCCAUGGUGCUGAUAUUCUGGUACCGUCAAGGGGACCUGGAGCCCAAGUUCCGGAACCUGAUCUACUACAUGCUGGCGUCCAUUGUGCUGCUGUGUCUCUGUGCCAACCUCUACUUCCACGACGUAGGGAUGACGUAAGGAGCCGUGUGUCGGAGAUGAUGCCUUAGCCACUUGACGCACCCACAAGACCCAAAGAGAGAGACUCGACACGGACACUUGACCCGAGUGGACUUGGCUGUACCGAGCCGUCGGACCAUACCAAAAUGGACUUUGCGGACAUGGUCGUCCCACACUUGCACACUCACACACGUGGAAGUAUGUAGUGCGGUAGAGGCUUACCAAGCAGUGGUGUGAACACGAGGAAACAGCUGACUCACCCCUGGUCUGGGGAGAGGAAGAGGUUAGAGGGGCAAGGAGGAGAUGAAGGAUGGACCUGCAGCUUCCUCCCUUUCCCCCUCUCACCUCCCACACUGUAGCCACACACACUCAGUCACACACACACACAGCUGCAGAAACAAAGAAGCAACCGGAAUCUGUGGUCACUAUAUGCAGCAUUACUUCACUGAUUGCUGUCUCUUUCUGUCAACUAAGCCAACAUCAAGGUUGGGUUCAAUUCCAUUUCCAGAUUGUGUCAAUUCAGAAUUAUUUUCAGGUGACUAAAUCCAAAUCAUGAAUAUACAAAAAUGUCUGCCAAUUAUUGCACUAAUGUUGAACCCAACCUUGUAUUAUGUGAAUAUAGUAAGUCUACACAGUCAUGCACACGCACAUAGGCCAACUACAGCUCUUCAGAUGGAAGUACCAGUCAAUUAUGCCAAGCUGACAGCAGAGUUGAGCCAGUUAGAGCAAUAAAGGAGAUGUCUUUAUGCAAUGGGUGACCCCUGAACUGUGGUGUCUGCACAUGGUAAUGACCUUAGGAUUGUUGAAGCCAUUUGUUGCUUUUUUAUGUAAUAUGUUAUGUAAUAAACAAUCAUGUACCCU